CGCCUCACUGCGCGGAUGGCUCUGCGCCACUUGUGUUAAUUCAUGGGGUGCACAACCGCGCGAGAGGAGUUCGGCCGGUCAUUCACGCUUGUGUAUUUGAAUGGAAGCAGGCAACCUUUGGGGGUUUGGGCCCCGCAACACUGAUGUCCUCUUCCCGUGGACCCAUCCCUUCACAUAUUCCCAGGCUCUCUUGGGGAGGAGUAUGGGAGAGAAGGAUUGAACGAGAAGUAUGAAUAGAGCUGUUGUGAGCAGGCAUGUUUGAGAACAGCAAAUGUUUUGAAUAUGUGCCUUUGAGGUAGGUAAGGAAAAACUCAGAAGAAGCGGUGAUCCUUGGGAAGGGAGGAGGAUGGGAACUGCUCAGGCUCUCAGCUCACAUUCAUUCCUUUCUCUGAGAGCACUUGAGUGUUUUUGUCCCGAGUGCAGCUCAUACAAAAAUGAGUGAGGCUCAGGAAAUGAAGGUGUCCCUGGUAGUGGGCACCUUCACGUUGAGUGGGAGCUAUCGAGUCAGCAAGGAGACUAGCAAGCAUGAUUACUCAGACAAGAAUACAACUCCAAAAUGGAGGUCACAACACCUGCCUGGAGGCCAGGUAGAGAUUAUGACAGAGAGAAAGUAAGGCUUCAGAUCGGAGCAGAGAUUCAAACUAGCCGUGAGCUGCUGUCAGAAUUUUAUUGGGCAGCGGUUUCAUCUUGUAUGUUCAUAGGCAAACUCAGCCUGUGAGUGUCUUCUGAAUGUUUGUGAAAGCAGUAAAUGAAGGGCAAAUGGUUAUCGGGGCCUAGACAGUUGUAAAUACCCGAGUUUAGUUUUUUGAAGGAACUGGUAGGUUGCCUUCCAUAGCUGCACAAGUGUUGAAUGCUUAAGUCUUAAUAGCUGCAGCUCUCUGCUCAUGUAGAGACAAGAUUGUACUUCACUUGUCAGGAGGGAUUAGGUUCCACCAAAUAAAAGAGCAGUAGCUUGCUCUCAGGGGCAGUGUGUUGGCACUGGUUCUCAGAAGGGUUGUUCUCAGCAGCAGAGGGCUGGGUGCCAGCUGGCAAGGCCAGACAGGGAAUGCCUAAAGUCCAAAGAACAUGCUGCUGGCUGUGCAACUUUCCAGAAGACCGAAGCAGGCUGGGUUGUUUGUUUGGUUUUCAAUGUGAAGUACCUUAAUGAAAAACAGGUUUUGACUUAGCAAAAUCUAGAGCCGUUUUUUGAAAAUGUUCUUAGAGAAAGCUUAGCAUUAUCCCCAUAUUUUUAUCAAGGGCCUAGAAGGGAAUUUCUCAUGUGCCUCUGAAUUGUUUCAAUACAUACACAUUUAGUACAUGGAUAGUCCCUGCCCUCCAGUUUACUCCACCUGGAGUCAACGGUGGUAUCUGAUCAACAGAUACCAGGAAGGAAAAGAAUGAAACCAGGUUAAGAGACACUGGAACUGCCACUUUAUAUUGUAGUCAGAGAAAAGCUCAUUACUGUGAUAGUUCAGUUUCUGAAGUGAGUCUCCAGUAUCCAGAAUAACAGGCAGAAGAAGGAGUUUGUGUAAACACAGCCAAGGGAGGAACUUGCUUGAAAUAUAGGCUACUGUGGCUCAAGAUACAUCAGAGGGAUGUUAAAUGUCAGAGGGCAGGGAGUGUCAUUCAAAUCCCUUAGGGCCUUGCUGGUCAUUAUACAUGCUGGCUUUCACUGCUCCAGACACCCCAGCAGAAUUCUGAGCCAAGGGAAAAAUAUGAUUUUAAUAUCCUAUGAAGUACACCAAUCUUUAGCAAGAUCACUUUGAGUCCUGAGUAAAAAUUGGAUUGUGGGCCUCCCUGGUGGUACAAGGGGUUGUAGUGGCUCUAUAAAGCUAUCCGCAGCCACUGCAGCAUAAGUUCAAUCCCUGGCCAGGGAGGUGACCCAUGUGGCUUAGCAGACCUCUUCUUUCUCGCCUGCUCCUCCCCUCAGCAGUGUAUUUCAGAUCUGCCUGUUCUGUUCCCACUCUGUCUCUGGUGAAUCCUCUCACCCCACACACCUCUGGUCUGUACCCCAGUUCUUGUAUGCAUCGACAGAUCAAUCUUUAAAAAAAAAAAAAAAAGCUUCAAAAUAAAAAAAUAAGAUUGUAAGGGAACACAACACAGGUAGAGGUGGGAAGACAGAUCUGGAUGUGAUUGCAAUGAUCCAGAUAAUAGAUUUUAGGGUUACAAUGUGGGGUUGUGAUAUCAGAGGAAGUAUAAAGGGGACAUUUAAUUUUGCUGAGGGGUUGAUUGUGGGGUGUAAGGUAUGCAAACCUAGAAAGGAGCUUUCUAAAGCCCUGCUGGAAAUGCAGACCUGUGGCCUCCGGCAUCACCUUGGUUCUUAGAUAUGGUUCCUAUAUACUUUCAGGAAUCUUUCUCCUUUUCCUAGUUUUCUUCCCUUCAAGAAGCGUAACACGUUAUCUUGGCCCACUAGGUAAGUUCCCUGACAACAGGAAUUAUUCUCUAGUACAUGGCCAGCCUGCACAAAGCAGAAUCCUUACAUGAACAGAUGAAUCCCAUUAAAACAAAUACCAACAUGGAUGUCCUAACAAAAAAAUGGGUUUUCUUUCCAAAGUACAAAUUCUUCCACUAACCUCACGUAAUGUAUACACUUGAGUAUAUAACCACGCAAAACUGACAGUCAUUUCAAACGAGUUGGUUUAAUUCCAGGUAGUACAGAAUUCAAGAUAGAACAAAGAUGAAGAUGAGCACACUUUGGCAGGAUUCUACACUGGGUUUUCUCUGACCUCACAGGUAAGGUAGAAAUGGCUAAGUGAGAAGAACUAAAGAUGAGCCAGUGUAUGACUUCUUAUUUUAUUAUUAUUUUUUUUUUUUACAAAAGUUUAUUCUUAAAUGUACAACAGGCUCCAAGACACUUCAUUCUAGCUAUUGGCGUCGAAAGAUACUAUGGCAGAGAAUCCACAUGUUGAAAUACGAAUGGAAUUAAGGACCACCAUUGCCUCAGGCACAAGGAACAUCUUACUUUUUGCCAGAUUUCUUAAUUCCACCUGUGGCUGCAAAAGGAGAAAAAAAAGUCUUCAGUCAGAAAAAAGUAGUUUUUUUUGGUGGAAGUCCCAGGAGGCUGACAAGGAUCCUAAUUUCCUGAUGACAGGGAGCAGCCCCGUGUUUGCCAUGCAGCACGUUGUAGGUGUGCCCCCUGUGAUGGUACGGAGAGGCCUCCUUAGAAGUGACUUAUGUAUGAGCAGGACUUUCUGCAGCCCAGGCCCCAGCCAGCCCAAAGAGAAAAGACCUGAGGAGAUGGCCUUGGGGCUAUACAACCGCCUCACGGUGCUGGGAAGAGCCCUGGGACACAGCAUUCAGCAACGAGUCUCUUCCACAGCCAAGACAUGGUGGGACAGAUAUGAAGAGUUUGUUGGACUCAGUGAGGUUCGAGAGGCCCAGGGAAAUGUGACUGAGGCAGAGAAAGUGUUCAUGGUGGCUCGAGGGCUUGUCCGAGAGGCUCGGGAACACUUGGAGGUACAGCAGGCCAAGCUGAAGGAGGUGAGGGACCGCUUGGACCGCAUCUCCAGGGAGGAUAACCAGUACUUGGAACUAGCCACUCUGGAACACAGGAUGCUGCAGGAGGAGAAGAGGCUUCGCACAGCCUAUAUGCAUGCUGAAGACUCUGAGCGAGAGAAGUUCUCCCUCUUUUCUGCAGCUGUGCGGGAAAGUCAUGAGAAGGAGCGAACCCGAGCAGAAAGGACCAAGAACUGGUCCCUCAUUGGAUCUGUCCUGGGGGCCCUGAUUGGUGUGGCAGGCUCUACCUAUGUGAACCGUGUGCGGCUGCAGGAGCUAAAGGCCUUACUCCUGGAGGCACAGAAGGGGCCUGUGAGUCUCCAGGAGGCCAUCCGAGAACAGGCAUCCAGCUACUCCCUCCAGCAGAGGAACCUCCAGGACCUUAUGGCAGAUUUAAGGGGCCUGAUACAAACUGGGCCAGGGCAGAGCUCUGGAUCCCAGGCAGGUACUUCCCCCACCCGAGACAGAGACACAGCUAUCCUUUCAGCUGCUUUGAAAGAGCAACUCAGCCAUUCCAGGCAGGUCCAUUCAUGUCUAGAGGGUUUACAAGAGCAGCUUGAUGGCCUGGAAAAGACUUUCAGCCAAAUGGCUGGGGUGGUUCAGCUUGCAAAGGCUACAGCACACCCAGGCCUGGUAGAGCCCACAGAGGGGGCCCUACCCAGCUCCUUACUGGAGCACAGAAGUUUGGUCUUGGCGCUAUCAGACACAGAGCAGAGGCUCGAAGCCCAGGUCAACAGGAACACCAUCUACAGCACCCUGGUCACCUGUGUGACAUUUCUAGCCACGCUACCAGUGCUCUACAUGCUGUUCAGGGCUAGUUAACUCCCGGACCCUUCUCCAGAGGUCUGUCUGAAAGGAUAGGUGUGGAUGUGGAUUUAAUAAGAGAAUCCCAGCAGUGAAGUGAGCCUUUGGAGGUAGAGUCUGAGCACCAUCUGUGUGGCUCACCAGCUGAUGCACUUUACUUUUUAGGCAACACUUACUUACAUGAAUUAUCAAAACUUUGUGCUAAUAUCCAAUUAAAAUGUCGUUGAGUUUGUACUAUUUAAAA